AACUUGUUUAUUUUUCAUUGGAGUAAUUAUUUUAUCGUACAUCGUCAGCUGCACCUAAAUGCGAAUGUUUCGUAAUUUUUUUAAACCGUUUUAUCAACUGUAUUUCAUUGUGCGCGGAGCGUGUGUGCUGGAUAGGUGACGGUGCUCCGAAGUGAGGUUAUGUGGCCCCGUUUGGAAAACUCAGUAUGAAAAGGAAUUUAAAAACUCUUUUAAAGUUUUGCCUUCUGUCCGCAAUCACCGUUGUCUUUACGGUUCUCAUUUUUCGGAUAUUUGAGAGUUCAAACCACCCACAGAAUUUGCAGGGUUUCCAUAAGAAGCGAUCAAAUAAUGUUGUCGUGUACAACGAAAAAAUUGACUGGCAUGACUACGAAGCUAUCAAAAAAGAUCUAUCUCGCACAGGGGUGGGCGAGCAUGGAAAACCCGCUUAUUUGACAUCCGAUGACCAUGACAUCUACGAUCAAUUAUUUAAAGUUAACGGUUUCAACGCCGCCCUUAGCGAUAAGAUAGCGGUAGAUAGAUCCGUUCCAGACAUACGUCAUAAAGCAUGUCACAAUAAAAAAUACCUCAAGGAUCUACCCACGGUCAGCGUUAUUGUACCUUUUCAUAAUGAACAUUGGACCACCUUGUUGCGAACGGCCACUAGCGUUAUUAAUCGAUCUCCACCGCACCUCUUAAAGGAAAUAAUCCUGGUCGACGACUGUAGUACGAAAGAAUUUAGCAGAAAACCGCUGGACGAUUACUUAAAAGCCAACAUGACAAAGGUCAAAGCGCUUCACCUACCGGAGAGAAGCGGUUUAAUAAGGGCCCGUUUGGCCGGAGCCAGGAUCGCAACAGGGGAUGUUUUAAUCUUCCUAGACUCCCAUACAGAGUGCAAUGUCAACUGGCUCCCUCCCUUAUUGGAACCCAUCGCGCAAGAUUAUAAAGUAUGCGUCUGUCCGUUUAUCGAUGUCAUUCAAUAUGAAACGUUCGAGUAUAGGGCUCAAGACGAGGGCGCGAGAGGCGCGUUCGAUUGGGAAUUUUACUACAAAAGGCUUCCUCUUCUACCGGAGGACCUCAAACAUCCCGCCGAGCCGUUCAAAAGUCCCGUAAUGGCCGGCGGUCUGUUCGCGAUAAGUAGCAGGUUUUUCUGGGAACUCGGCGGCUACGACGAAGGCCUUGACAUAUGGGGCGGCGAACAGUACGAGUUGAGUUUUAAAAUUUGGCAGUGCGGCGGUCAAAUGUACGACGCCCCUUGCUCUAGGGUGGGCCAUAUUUAUCGGAAAUACGCCCCGUUUCCGAAUCCCGGCAAAGGGGAUUUCGUCGGUCGGAACUACAAGAGAGUGGCGGAAGUUUGGAUGGACGAGUACGCUCAGUACUUGUACAUGAGACGUCCCCAUUACAGGGCUAUCGAUCCUGGAGAUUUGACGAAGCAAAAAGAGCUGAGGCAACGGUUACAGUGUAAACCAUUCAAGUGGUUCAUAGAAACGAUUGCGUUCGAUUUGCCGUUAAAGUAUCCGCCGAUAGAACCCGGCGAUUUCGGCGUAGGAGAGAUCCGGAAUUUGGCGGCGCCAGACUUGUGCGUCGACUCGGGCUUCAGGGAGAGGGACCAGGUGGUGGGCGUGGCUCGGUGUUCGAGGAGCAGCGGCAAAAGGGCCGAGCAAAAUUUCACUCUUACGUGGCACAAGGAUAUCCGGGUCAAGGGCAAAACGCUUUGCUUCGACGUGUCCGAUCCCAAUGACAAGGCUGACGUCACCUUGUAUCCUUGCCACGGCCAAAAAGGGAAUCAGUAUUGGAAGUACGACGUGGAAAAGCAGUGGUUCUUACACGGGGGAAACCCUCGGUGCUUGGACUGCGACCCCGGUCGGAACGCACUAUACGUGACCACCUGCGACGAUUCUUCGAAAACGCAAAAAUGGAGAUUCGAGAGCGUCAACUUAACAAUGCUCGCUGACUGGGACAACAUCGGUAUCCAAUAAAGGCCGGGAGAAUAAUUUCGACCUAAUUUCGUUAAGUCGAGUGCUACUUUUGGUACCAAUACUUCCAUUGUGCAAUAACGAAGUCUUGCGUAAUUUAUAAUUAAGUUGAUAGGGCCUCAGUGAUUUAAGGGUAUUAAAUAUAUUAUACACAAAAAUUGACUUCCAAUCAUAUCAUAGGGGAUACUAUACAUUAAGGUAUGUAAUUAAAAAUGAUGGUAGUAUUAGUCACAGAUUUUAGUUUAUUUAUUGGAAAUUUAUAUGUACUUAAAAUUUUGUGAUUAAGCAUAUUUAUUUUGGUGGGUAAAUCUUGAAAAUAUUUCUGAAAAAUCCGCACAAGAGCGUUUAAUUAGUUGUUAUUAUUAGUCACAUUCUUGCCAAUUGAUUGAAAUUUAUGUGAUAGCGAGAGGCAUUCCCGAAACUAACUUGUACUAUGCCAUUGGAAAUAAAGUGCAAAAAAGCUGUG